AUGAAAUUUCCGGACGCCGACUACAAGGACCUCUCUCAAAGAACAAGAAGUAGAAGUUCGCGUAUUAUAUUUUUUGAAGGACCGGCGCAAACUGUGCAACUAACUGGCGGAGAUAAAUUAAAAACGCAAACGUUUCUUCCGAUAAUUGACACCUUGAUUACUCACUUGAAGCAACGAUCAGAUUCGUACAAAGAAAUCAAUCAACGUUUUGGAUUUCUUACUCGCUUGAAAAAUAUUAGAUCGAACGAGUUGAAAAAUAGUUGCAAAGAAUUUGCUGCAAUGUAUUACGUCAAUGUUAUUGCAGAAGAACUGGAGUCUGAAUGUCUUCAUUUGGCGCAUUAUUUAAGAAAUGUUCAAAACAGUGGAAAUGAAGAAAUAAAUAUUCCAGAAUUAUACCACCUCCUGCGAGCUGAUGAAAUUGAAGAAACAUUUCCUAAUGUUGCUAUAACUUUGAGGAUUUUCUUGGCGUUGAUGGUAACCAAUUGUAGUGGUGAACGCUCCUUUUCAAAGUUAAGUCGAAUCAAAAACGAACUUCGCAGUACCAUGCUUCAAGAAAGAUUAAACAACCUGUCAUUGAUGAGUAUCGAAAGAGACGUUCUCGAACAAAAUGACUUCGAGGAAGUAAUCGAUGAUUUUGCCCAUCAAAAAUCGAGAAAGAAGCCACUUGUUCCAGUUUAA